AUGCCACAUAUGGUUAACAGAGACCAAAUUCUUGCUCAUCAGGUGUACCUUUUGGAGCACAAACUUCGGAGUAAAGAAGAGAGGAUUUUAGAGCUGGAGUCAGAGAAUGCUCUUCUACACCUGAGACUUGCUGAGUGUAUGGGAAAACUUCGACGGGAUCAUGAAGAGGAUGUGAUUCUGCCGAAGAGGCACUGUCAACACCAGGGAAGUGCGCAAGAGCACCCUCUGGUUCCCCUUGCCAAACUCCUCUCACACAUCCAGGCUCUGAAAACGGACUUGAGGGAUGUUUUUGCUGUAUACAUGGACUUUGCUGUGGAACUGGAGAGCCAGAGUAAACAGCUGCUGGAGUGGAUGGGCAUCAUCAGCAGAGCUGUCCAGGGUGGUGACACCCAGAGGCUACAGACACAGGUGGCUUCACUGGAGCGCUCCCUACAGGACGAAAAGGAGAGGCAUCGAUCAGAGCGGAUCAGGAGGAAGCAGAUACACAAUACACUAGUUGAGUUGAGGGGUAAUAUUCGAGUGCACUGCAGGGUGCGCCCCAUCCUCCCUUUCGACCACAGUCAAGGUUCCUUAUCCAGUAAUGGGCCCUCAUCCUUAGAAGUUGUGGUGCAGGCUGUCAGUGAUGACUCGGUUGUUGUGAAUUGUGCCAAACCUGGGAGUCCGCAAGUGAACAAAAUGUUUGAAUUUGAGAGGGUACACGCUCCAGAGGACUCGCAGGACACCGUGUUUGAAGAAGUGAAGCCUCUUUUGACCUCACUGUUGGAUGGGUAUAACGUGUGUAUCAUGGCAUAUGGACAAACAGGAAGUGGGAAGACGUAUACGAUGAUCGGAUCUCAGGAUGGAAAUCCCACUCAUCUUAAACAGGACCCCGAGGAAGGGAUUAUUUCCAAAGCAGCAAAAGAGUUAUUUAAGUUGAUCUCAGAGAAGCCAGCAGGAAGAUACACGGUGGAGGUUUCCAUAGUGGAGGUUUAUAAUAACGAGCUGCUGGACCUUUUGGCCAAAGAUGAGGACGGAGCAGCAGUAGGGGUUAGGAGAGAAGUCAUCACGACCAGCGCCGGCACUAGUGAAGUGCCCUGUCUAACAUAUGAGUUGGUGCACAGGUCUGCAGAUGUGAUGCAGCUGUUGGGUGCAGUGUUGCGACUGAGGGCACACAGUCCCACGCUGGUUCACAGAGACUCCUCCAGAUCUCACCUCAUUGUCACUCUAAGUGUCACAUCCAAGAGCCACAGCUCUCAGGCACUGGCCUACAAGUUGCGUGGACCACAGAAGCAGUGGUGGAGCCCGCGCUGCUCCAGAGCUGCCUCCUCUCGCUCUUCCAGCCCUGGUUCCUCUCCCCAGUCUUCCCCCUGCCAUUCCCUCUCCUCCCCCCAAGAACCUCUCAGAACAAAGCUGCAGCUGGUCGACCUGGCAGGCAGCGAGUGUGCGGGCACUUCAGGAGUGAGUGGAGCGGCUCUGUGGGAGAGCUCCUGUAUAAACCGCAGUCUCUCAGCUUUGUCUGAUGUUCUGGGAGCUCUGGCAGAGCAACGUCCCCAUGUGCCCUACCGUAACAGCAAACUUACCCACCUUCUUCAGGACUCUAUAGGAGGUGACGCUAAGCUGCUAGUGAUGCUCUGUGUCUCUCCUACUCAGCACUUUCUGUCAGAGACUCUGCAGUCUUUGGGCUUCGGCUACAGAGCCAGACAGAUUCAGAGAGACGCACGAUACAGGAAGAACGCAGGGCUGAAAAGGAAGUAAACCAGCAGACUUGUAGAAUAGCAGAGGGCAUAAAAUGUGACAGGGAAUAAAAGAGUUUUACAGCUUUAAAUGGAUCAGCCUACUGUACGUGUAAGGUUUCAUGAUACCAGGUCAGGUCAUGAGGCUACACGGCACAGGUAUCACAUGUUCAACAUGAUACAACACAUUGUUUUACGACAAGAAAUAAAA